AUGGAUACCUUCAGUACACCAAAAGGAACAAACCCCCUCCGUACUCCCACUGGCUUAACACCAACUGUGAACCCAUCAACCUCAAAUCCAGACAACACACAAAGUCAAACUGUCAUGGGUGAGCCACAGACACGUCACCGUCUAGAAGAACUUGAGAACUCCGAUGAGGAGGUCUUAAACACCCCUGCAUUGUCCGCACGACGCAAGGGAAAGCGUCCUGUCUCCAGAAGAUACACCAUCGAACCUAGUUCAGAUCACACCGGAGUGCAACUCACGGAUAUCACCGAGGAAGAGUCCACUGCAAUCUUUGCAUCCAUCGCCAACUCCUUUCGAACUGCUAGCCGAAACAUUGAGGUGCUUCAGCAACAAAAUGAACAACUCGGCCAGGAUAUCGCUCAUGCUAAGACGGAGGUAUUGGCAAUUACCACCCAGCUAAGCAAUAGCAAUGGCCAAUUAUCCCACGAGCGAGAAACCAAUGAUAGACUCCGAGGCUUGCGUGAUAGGUAUCGCAUUGACACCACGGAACUCACCAAAGAAAAUGAGAAACUCAAGCAAGACUUAAGACGCAAAGAGCAACAGCUGAAGGAGCAACAACCUCACACAUUAGCUAAUUUGGAAAACUCCGAUGAGGAGGAACGUGGAGGUCACACCUCGUCAGCCGAGUGUCCCCGUUAG